AGGUUUUCCAGGUUAUUUCCUUUGGUUGGCAUUAUGCCUCCCAAUCUUGCAAUUUGCUGCUUGUUUCCAGAGGAGCCUGAUGAUUCCGUGCAUAUAUUCACCGGUCAUACCGGUGAGGUUUAUACAGUUGCCUGCAGCCCAAUGGAUGCUUCGUUAGUGGCAACUGGGGGUGGAGAUGACAAAGGAUUUCUUUGGAGGAUUGGGCACGGAGAUUGGGCUUUUGAGCUCCAAGGUAUGUGCAAGGUACACCAGUUAUAUAGUUUUCUCCCUUGCUGUUUACAGUGGUGAGGCAAUAUUUUCCUCCUACGAAAUGAUAACCACAUAUCAUUCUUAAAGAUUUCUUUUUUAUAACAUCAAACAGAAAAAUAGAACUUUCUAUUAUGUUGUAGAAAGGAACGCCC